UGCCGAGUGAAUGUGUUCAGCAAGCUGCUGCAUGCCAUAUUUGUAAAGCGUGAUUUAGGAAGCAUAAUGAAGGUCCACAUCGUACUGCUUGUUAUUUAUUGCAUUUCUUUUGCUGAAGCUACCAGUGAUGACUACAAUCGCAUCGGAUGCUUCAAAGAUUCAUUCAUCAGAGCAAUAAAAGAAAAACUUGGGGAUGUUAAGUCCGUGGAUCAAUGCGCUAAGACAGUGAGAAGGAAAGGCUAUUCAACGUUUGGUGUUCAAUACGGUCGAGAGUGCUAUUCUGCAGCUGAUGCAGCGAAUACAUAUAAAAGUCAAGGCGUAGCAGGCAACUGCCGUAACGGCAUGGGUGGAGAAUGGGCCAACGAUGUGUAUCAGUUUAAAGAGGGAACUUAUCAAAGACUUGGAUGCUGGGAGGACAAAUCUACAAGGGCGUUGCCAAAACUAUUAGGUCGAUUUAGCAGAGAUGCCGCCGUCAGGACAUGCGCAGACAGCACCAGGGCCAAAGGCUGGUCCAUAUUUGGUGUUCAGGCUAACACCGAGUGCUGGAGUGGGGAAAAUCAUGAAGCAAAUUAUACCAAAUAUAGUAAUAAGUCAGAUUGUGCCGCUGAUGGUACUGGAGGGUCCUACCGUAACGAAGUGUAUCGUCUACCUGCUCAAAAGUGUUUGAAAUGCAAUGGAAAGGAUAGCUGCACCAAAGUCACAUGCUCGAAUACGGAGCCCUAUUGUUACAAGGUGUCGUCUGACAAGGAGACCGGAGGUGCUGUAAGCCGCGUUACCGUUGCUGGCUGUAUAUCYAGCUGCACUUCAUCUGAGGAAUCGAAUCUUUGCAAGGGCAAGAACAAUUGCCAUGCGUCCUGCUGCAAAUAUGAAAAUUGUAACGACCCUAAUGCAAAGGAUGACCUCCCCAAGUGCUACGCCUGUAARUCAACGAAGUCAGCUGCCGAUUGCAAAGCCAACCAGUAUGUGGUCGCAUGCAGUCAAAUCGAGGGUGAUCAAUCGUUUUGCUUCACGGCACAGAAGAAUGGGACGUACUGGAAGGCUUGUCAUGGUGGUGACCAGUUKAAAUGUUCCAUUGAGGGAAGUCUUAUGUGCGGUGGUCAAACUGGUUGCUCAAUGUCCUGUUGCACAGGCUACAAAUGCAAUGGAAUGAAGCUCCAAAUUGUAUUCUUUGUUGCCUCUUACAUUUAUUUUUCUGAAGCUGCCAGUGAUGACUACAACCACAUCGGAUGCUUCAAAGAUACAUUCUUCAGAGCAAUGAGUGAAAAACUUGGGGAUGUAAAGUCGGUGGAUCAUUGUGCUAAUAGAGUGAGAAGAAAAGGCUAUUCAACGUUUGGUGUACAAUAUGGUAAAGAGUGCUAUUCUGCAGCUGCUGCGGCGAAUACUUAUAAAGUGUUUGGACUUGCAGUAAACUGCCGUAACGGCAUGGGUGGAGAAUGGGCCAACGAUGUGUAUCAGUUUAAAGAAGGAACUUAUCAAAGACUUGGAUGCUGGGAGGACAAAUCUACAAGGGCGUUGCCAAAAUUAUUAGGUCGAUUCUACAGAGAUGCCGCCGUCAGGACAUGCGCAGACUACACCAGGGCCAAAGGAUGGUCCAUAUUUGGUGUUCAGGCCAACACCGAGUGCUGGGGCGGGGAGAAUCAUGAAGCAAAUUAUACCAAAUAUAAUAAGUCGAGUGAUUGUGCUGAUGACGGUACUGGUGGGCCAUACCGUAACGAAGUGUAUCGUCUACCUGCUCAAAAGUGUUUAAAAUGCAAUGGAAAUGAUAACUGCACCAAAGUCACGUGCUCAAGCAAGGAGCCGUACUGCUACAAGCUCUCCGCUGACCAGGACACCGGAGGUGUUGUCAGCCGCGUUACCGUUGCUGGCUGUAUGUCCGACUGCACUUCAGCUGGCGAAUCAGAUCUUUGCAAGGGCAAGGAAAAUUGUCAUGCGUCCUGCUGCAGCUAUGAAAAUUGUAACGACCCUAAUGAGACUGACGAGUACCCCAAGUGCUACGCCUGUAAGUCAACGACAUCAGCUGCCGAUUGCAAAGCCAACCAGUAUGUGGUGCCAUGCAGUAAAGUCGACGGUGCACUUUCAUACUGCUACACAGCACAGAAGAAUGGGACAUACUGGAAGGCUUGUCAUGAUGGGAAUAAAUGCACCAUUGAGGGAGGCGUUAUGUCCUGUUGUACAGGCUAUAAAUGCAAUGGUGCUAUCAACGUACCUGUCAGCGUCUUCUUGAUUAUGGCAUGCGCAUUGAUAAAAGUUAUACUUUGAUCUUUUUCUUUGCGAAGUUGUAAUUUUUCAUAUGAAAUCUGAUUCAAACUGUCUAUUUCCCAUUCAAAUGAUAUUGACUGAAGUAACAUUCAUUUCUUAUUAUUUAUCUAUUGUAUCUUGCUGAGCUACUGAUUAUUUUGUUGAGGGAAAGAGGCUAUUAGUUUUGUAAAGACCACCUUUUCACAAUAAAGACACAUUAGGCUAAA